AUGGUUAAUUUUGGUCCAAAUACAAAUGGUUCACAAUUUUUCAUUAGUUCAAUUGCAUUACCAUCUUUCGAUGCUAAAUAUUUCGUGCUUGGUGAAGUUAUUAGUGGUAUGGAUGUUAGCAAUACGAUUAUGAAUUAUGCAUCAUCGCUAUGCUCAAGUCCAUUUGAUAUUUCUUCGCGCGCAAAAUGGAAACAAAAUGGUCUGACUGUAGCUGGAGGAAAUGGAUACGGCAAUGAAAUCAAUCAAUUAUCUAGCCCACGCGGUUUGUAUGUUGACGAUGAUGAUCAAACAAUUUAUGCCACUGAUUAUAUGAAUUACCGCAUUGUGGAAUGGAAAUAUGGUGUGACGAGUGGCCAAGUUGUUGUUGGUGGAAAUGGACAGGGAAAUGGUAUUCAGUAA